GCCAGUGACAGGGUAAACAAUUUGAAACGCGAUUAGUUGGGAUUGCGCCUCAGCAAUAUUUGGUCAGUGCCUCAGUCUGAAAACACACGACCAGCAGGGCAUUACGAUUCGUUUGCGGAAGUGCGACGCGGAAUUAGCUGUGACCUUUGGGAAACUGACCUUUUCUAAGGCAACUAGCGCCAGAGUCUGUCGUCUACUCUUGUGGCAGUUGCAGUGGCAGUGAGUGCAUUUCGAUUCGAGUAGCCAGAGACACAACACGUGCAGGAUGUAUCUGAAAGUGUUGGCUGUUCUGCUGUCUGCGGUGAGCGUGAGCUGUGCAGACAGCUUUGCCAGCGUUGAGAACGACCUACUGCACUUCUCGUACAAGCUGGAGCAGUAUCUGGACACCAGCAAGCUGCCGUGUCAGGACUUUUACGGCUAUGUCUGCAGUCAGAGCGCCAAUAUCAGCCAGACGGGGAAAGAUCGCUUCCAGACCUUCCUCAAGGUGGCCGACGAUGAGCAACUUAUGGACAUGGAGCUGCAGCUUGUUAAUUUCUUCAAGUCAUGCGAGAGUGCUCGCGGACCGGAUGCCUUGAAGAACUCGCAACUCUACAGGGCGAGCGGAGGCUGGCCUGCGAUGGAGACCACCAAGCCGAACGCCACUGCACGGAGGAACCAGACUCUAAGCUGGCUGGGCCUACUGGGCCACUUCCACGAAAUGGGGUCACCCUACUUCUUCAAUGCAGAGCUCACAAUGCAGUCCAACAAGAGGCUGGUUGUGCUUCGGCCGGACAUCACCCGACGGCACACCAUGAGGAAGUUUGAGCAGCGGGUUGGCGAGCUUCUUCAGAGCUUUGGUAUCGAGCAGAGUCGGGCUCAUGUGGCCGCUCUCGAAGUGCUCAGCCUGGAGCGCAGCCGCCGGGAAAUUGUCAAGGCGGACCAUAUAGAGGAUGAGGUGCAGUUCAGCUAUGGGAACUUCAAGCGCAGUGCUUUCGGUAAUGCCUCCUUGGCCAGACUCGACUGGGACGGCUACUUCAGGAAGCUGCUGGGCGGAAAAACGCCACAGGCCACCGACACAAUCGUAGUGAAGCAGCUGCCACGGCUCGUCAACUACUUCGUGCUGCUGCAGAACACUAGCAUGAACCGUAUUCUCAACUGGAUCUGGACGGACUACCUGAUGGAUAUUGUGGACUCCGACUGCCACCAGCUGGCGGAGACGUACGCCGGAGACAUAUAUGCCCAUGUUGUGCAGAGAGUCAGUGCGGACAGGGUGGAGCUCACCCAGAUGUAUUCGGCGGUGGGAAAGGCCUACACGGAGCAGCUCGCGAAGAGUGUGUGGGUCGACGAAAUCUCUCAGCAGAGCUCUAAACAGUUCCUAGGCCGGAUCAUGCACCUAACCCUUAACGGAGACGAACGCCUGGACGCCAUCUACCACGACAUUGUGCUGGGACGGCGCAGCUUUUACCGAAAUCUCGAGAAGCUGCGGCGCUUCCAGCGCAAACGUCGGCAACCGUCCCAGGCGAGCCUGCAGUUGCGCCAGUACGCACAGAUAUUUGACAGCGUCAACGCCCUGCUGGGAAAGCAAAAUCUGAGCUCUCCGCUGAACCACUUGCUGGUUGCGGAGUACUUUGCCAGGAGCCUGGUGGCAGCGGGAAGCAACAGCCGUACUCCAGGAGCCUGGCGCAGUACGGACUCGGAGCGAAGGUUCAACGCGUUUCAGAACUGCAGCGGAGUCCCUGCCACAAUGGUGAACCCGAACGAACUGCUCCUGGGUCUGCUGGCCCAGCGACAGGCCCUCAGCUGCUUCAAGGAGUGGCUCAGGCAGCCUGCGAGGAUUCCGCUGCAGGAGCGGAUAGACUCUCUUCUCGGUGUUGGGCGGAUGAAAUUGUCCCUGAUCCGGCUCUACUUCAUCGGAAGUCUACUUGUGGACUGUCGCUAUGAGCUGGGUCCACUGCAGCAGGAGCGCAAGCGGCAAUUGGUGCACGCCGUUAUGCGGAACUCACGCGAAUUCGGCGAUGCCUUCCAUUGCCAUUCCGGCGAUGCUCUCGCCGGACAGUACCAGCACUGCAAUCUUCUGUAGGCUCAGGAAUCGGAAAGGACACCGGGGCUGCACUGGAUGUCGGUCGGACCUUGAACUUUUCAGGCUGCUCUCUGGCUCACGGAAUAAAAUCGAUAAAAAUGUGGCACUCCACGGAACUAAGCCGUCACAUGGUCGGACGGUUCCGCGCCUGCCUACGGCGACCCCUUUGCUUUGAAUCGAUUGAUUUUCCGAGCUGCUUUCCAUCUGCUCUGGUUCUUCUCUCUCCCUCGGCAGAGGCAGCUUCGCAUAUGUUUACACUUAGGUUAGGUUACGUAUGAGCUUAUCGUAAGGCAUAGAAGGGAAACGAAAAAAUAAACGAAAGUUGUGGCAAAGACUUA